UCCUGCCUUCAAGUACGGUGGAUCCGGCCACAAACGAUGCGCCGCUGGAGUUUGCGGCACGAAUCAAGACCACUGUGGCUCCCGAAGGGCUCGGUGAGCCUGACAUGUUUACGCAUGCGGUGUCUCUAUCAAGUUCAAAGGCGGCUUGGCUUCAUUCCUCGCUUGAGAGCCGUAGCUGUCAAACACGCGAAUCAAUUUUUUUUUUUCGAUUGCGUGUCAGAAGAUGCGUGCAAUAACCUGGCUGUUUACAGUGUAUGCAUGCAUACCGGUGCCACGAUCUACCCAACCGAGUCGGCGGAGAACGGAGGUAUAAAGAGCGCGAUACUUCUACACUUGGCGCAGAGUUUCGAUCGCCUGACCGCAGUCAAGUUGCAUGCAGUCGUCCGCAUCGUGCCGUGCGCGUGUUGUUUACGCGGUCGCCAGGUGGUGUCCGCGCACAGUAACUCGUGCUAUUCUGAUUCUUUAUGUCUUUAUGUUCAUGUGCAUAAGCGCGAGUAGCACUCGUGUUCGAUUGGCGUUCAGAUUUUGCACCGCUGACGUCCUGUGGGAGCAACAUUUGGGAGCUUUGCUGCUGGAUUGGCUGAAGGAGCAGCUGGCCUCCCCUCGUUAGCUAGCCUCAUGGGCAGUCCCGCACCCUGGGGUGUGCCUCCAUUUAUUGGCCUGCCCGGAGACCAUGCCCUUAUGGGAGUGGUUUCCAGCUACAGCCAGUGCCCACAGUUUGGUUUCCUAGGACCCCCACCUGAAAUUGGGCCUGGAAUAUUGCCGGCCAGUGUUCUCAGCCCGAAUGCACCUGUGAAGGAGCUGCUGAGGUUUCCAAGCUGCGUCCUGUACCCUCCAAAGCCAAAUAUGCCACCACCAGCCACGCGAGAUCGACCCCCAGGCUGUCGCACAGUGUUUGUGGGUGGCCUGCCUGAGAGCUCUACGGAGGAGCUGGUGCGGGAGGUGUUCCAGCACUGCGGCACCAUCACCACUGUUCGCAUGAGCAAGAAGAACUUUUGCCACAUCCGCUUUGAGACAGAAGAGCAAGUGGAUCGUGCCAUUGCCCUCUCUGGGUACCGGAUGAAAAUUCGAGACCAAGAGGAGGCUAGCCACACUGGACGGUUGCACGUGGACUUUGCACAGGCACGAGAUGACCAGUACGAGUGGGAGUGCCGCCAGCGAGCCUUGCAGCGUGAACAGCGCCACCGCGAGCGGUUGGACCGUGAGCGGUUGCGGCCGCCUUCGCCGCCGCCAGUGGUCCAUUAUUCAGACCAUGAGGCCCAACAGCUCACUGAGCGUCUGAAAGGGGACGAAAGCUUCCAGAAGGCAGUGCAAGUGCUGACAGUGUGGUUGGACCGCGGAGAGUGCACCAAGCGCAAUGCAGGUCAAUUUUACUCAAUGCUGCAGACAGCCAAUGGUCACAUCCGCCGCCUACUCCAAGAGAAGCAGGACCACCAAGAAGCGCUGGACAAGGCCCGCGUCCUAUUUGCCCAGAGGCUCCAGGGGAUCCUUGUCCAAUUGGGACAAAUUGAGAAGGUAUUUUCCAUGGCCAGUCAUCAGAAGGUUUGGGACCAUUUCACCAAAGCCCAGCGCAAGAACAUUGAUACCUGGCGCAAGCAAUCUGAGGAAAUCAAGUCUGCGCACUUGGCUGAUGUGUUGGACAAACGCCAGGAAGAUGAGAUGGAUCUGAGUGAUGAGGAUGAGCCACCGCCUGCAAAGGCAGCCAAGAUAUCGGAGAGUGGCUCAGAAGGUGAUGGCAGCUGUGCUCUGGCCGCAGAAGAUGAAUCGGCAGCAGCGACGCGACUGGCCCUGCAAGAAGAGUGCGACUCCCUCCGGUGCCAGCUGGAGGCAUAUCGCAAUGAGGCGCAGCUCCUCAAGGCUGAGCAAGAGCAGCGUGACCAGCAGCUGCACUUGCUCCAGCAAGCCUUGCAGGGCCUUCAGCAGCAGCGGGCACGGGAUUUCCAAGAACUUGAAAAAUUGCGGUCAUCCAAAAAUGGCUCUACACCAAGCCCUGAGAGAGAACCAUGCUCAGCAUCUGGUUCGCGGAAUGAAGUGUCCUCAUCUACUCAGGUUGCAGGGAUAAGAAUCACUGAAAAGGAUGCAAAGCUGAUUGGUUUGGUGUCCAUGUUCCUGCAUCUGCAUCCGGACGGUGCCAGUCUGGACUACCUGUGGUCAUACGUGCACACCCGGGAGCCAGCUCUGCAGCCAUGUGACGUCGAGGUGCUCCUCUCCAAGUUUCCCACCCUGUUCCCGCUCGAGGUGACAGGCGUCGGUGCCACUCUCGAGAGACGGUGGAAGUUUGGUGGAUUUGCGCCGUCUCUUUGAAAUGUUUUUUCUAGUCUUUUCAUUCUUGACUUGAGGAGGAAAAAAUAAAUUUUUUCCUCCUCCUUGGCACCCUUCUCUUACUUUGCAUACUCUUCUGUUAAAGCUCUCUUGCCCUGCCCUCUUUCAGUGUUAUUCCUGUCACAUUAGUCCUGAUUUUACACAUCAUUCAGCAACACAGUAUUACUUCCAUUAUGUUGUACAUGAAAGAUGUCUUUUGAAAAUGUGGCUUGACCUACGAUGCUUGUUCUCACUGAGCUGUGUUAUCUAUUUGAGGACAAACCCCAUUUAGGCAAUCGCAGCCUUGUUAUGUCCCCAGAGCAAGGCUUGGCUCAUAGCCCAUCAGAAUUCCUACAGAUGCUUGUGUGAUGGGUACGGUGACGUAACUUGCACAGCGAUCCAUGGGCAGUCUGAAUUGGUGCAAUUUUCCAUGCAUAAUGUGCCAGCUUAUCAGCUCCUUGCACAUUAAACUGUCUGUGCAGGGGCACAUCUGGAUAUGUACUGUUUCUUAGGCUAACAGUCUCUUGGUCAGGUCAUCAUACCUUCUGCUCACAAUCUUCAACUAACAGUCACACAGUAUGCAUACCUAGGUUGGUUGAAGGUAACGGUGCAUACUAGUCAAGUGUGGCACCGUUUUCAGUGUUUAUUGUUGUUCAAUACAUUCGGUUAUACAGAACAGCCUUUACGCACUUGUUAUUUAUGUAACCUGCAUGCAGGCAUUUAAAAUGCUGUGUACUAUUUAUGUGACUGUAACCUGGUAUAUUUCAUACUUUGCUUACCCUUAUUGGUGGUAUUUUACAACAGCAGUGCAAGCUAUAUGGUUGUCAUGGGGUUUUUGUUCGGUGUCGGAAUUUAUUUUGUUCUUGUUAAAUGCAUCAGGAAAGCAAGAUUGUCUUGAAGUGACGGUAUGUAUAUAAUGCUUACUGUCUCUAAGCUAUCAAUGAUGUGUAGCAAAUUUGAGGGUACGCUGUAUUCCAGUGGGCACGAAAUUCAAAAAGAUUGUGCACCAUGCUUUGGGUGAAAAUUAACCUGUACCACCCCAGCAUUGCAUCUUUCAUAGCCUGUAUGCUACUACUGGAUGUUAACCCCCAUCAAACAUUCAAGCUAUCUUCAUACACUUGUAUUACACCAAGUGCUCCGAGCAUGCCAGGUCAGUUUUACAUGUCAUCAGACAAGCAUGAACUAACUGGCAGGCCAGCGCUGCUGACAAAGUGCGGCAGCAGAAUGGAUGAAACUACCAUGAAACACACAAUAAUGCAGCCAUUCUAAGCAUGGCUGGCCUCGUGGUCAGGUCAUCAUACCUUCUGCUCACAAUCUUCAAUACAUUGUCAGAUUAUUAGCAGUUACGAACCAAAGAAGAUGUAAUGAGCAGUGGUAUGGGGGCUGAGCUCUUCAAUUCCAUUAAGUUCAAAAAUGCUCUCAGAGGCUGUUGUAGUUCGCGGCAUUUCCUUUGCUGUACGUUCAAUAUGCACUCUUAUUUUGCCACGACAGUUGACCGCCUGGUUUUGACCAGCUUGUCAGUCAGCAGUCGCAAGGUGUUAUUAAAAGAAAAAAAAAUUGGGCAGGUGAAUAUCUCCUGCAAUGAUUGCGACAGAUGCUGCCUAGCUGCUACACAUCACAUGCACAUGUCUGUUACGUGCACCUCAGCAAAUUUCUGCUUGUCAUGCAGUAUUAGUGCAGUUAGCGCAACUGCUUGUUGUACUAUGCGAAAUUUUCACAAUACUCUUUAUAGCAUGCAAUUCAACUGAAGUGUGUCGGUCUGAGAGGAAACCGUCUCCCUUGCUGCCAAUGUGCAGAUCCUGCCACUCAGUGCCACGGAGGAAGUGGUCGAGAUGUGAUAGUGUUAGUGCAAACAAGCCCUUUUACAGACUGUAGUAUCACGCAAAGUCGCUUCUUUAUUAAGAAGACCCCCCAUACGCUUUUUCAUCGAAGCUGCAGCCUCUUUGUCCCUAGAGGGUUCCUUCUCUCCAUUUCAUUGCAAAUGUGCUGAAUGGGACAAGUGCAUGCUUGAGCAAGCAUUUGUAACACCUUGGCUGCUUAGGCAGUUGUGCGUGAUAUUGUGUAACACCUCUCUUUGUCCUCCCUUUUGCCUGCACAUUCGUGAACAUUAUCUGUUUUCUUGUGCAAGGAAAUUGACCAGUGCUGGCUUUUGCCUUCUGUGAGGUGAUGCCCUUACACAGUGGAAUCGUCACAAGAUUGUGCAAUGUCUAGGAACACGGGAAACGUGAACAAAUAUGUUUGAAGUUGCCUUAUUCAUAGACAUUAGAAGGGGCCUCUCUGUCAAGACUGCAAUCAGCUUUUUCUUUUUAGGCAUCAUAGUUCCUUGCUACACUUUGUUUUUGUAAAGAUUUUUUUUAUGUAGUAAGGUUAGGUAUGGGCAUGUCUUAUUGAUGUAGACUAUAAAGCUUUAUUAGCUUUACAUGAUGUAGACUGUAAUGCUUUAUUAGCUUUACAUAUGCCAUUGCCAAAUUUGCUGUUUGUUUUAAAUCUGCAGUCAGGAUGCCAUAGUCUAGGUGAUGUCCAAAGCAGAAUGACGAAGUCGUGCUUAGUGUAACAGCCUUGUUUAGAUUAUUCUAAUCCUUGCAUGAAGCAGACUGACUUUCUGUAUCGAAUACUUUAGCCGUAACACUUUAGCAUUUUAGCUAAGUGUGUCAGCAAGAAAGGAGCUGCAACCAUGUUUAAUUCGGGAACUGCAAGAUUGCAUACUUCCUGUUUUAAAUUUUAACCCUUUUAGCUGCCCUGACUUCAACCUCUUUAGAGGCAUUAGCUCAUGACAUAGGUUAACUGAAGUCCGAAUAGCUAUCGUUGAGGAAGUAAGGAGAUUGUUCCAAGAUUGAUUUGCUGUACUACCGCAGCUCGUUUCCUUGAAGCCAUGCUUUUCUUUGUGUGUAGCAGCAAACGCAUUACCUUGUUCGAAUAAUCCCCAUGGUGACAUGCCAAAGAUGCAACAAUACUGUUUGCUCACAUAUACAGCAUGCCUCGACUUUGACAACCAGUGUUUACAUCUUUCCUACGGUCGAAUUCUCAUCUCAAAGUUUAUGCUGUCUGUGGUUGUCGGGAAGCUGAAAAAUAGCAAAUGUGUUCAGGACUAUGCAUAGAAAGGUCAAAUGCAUUGCGGCUAUUGCAAAAUACCAAGUUGUUUGGUGAUAGCAAGUAAGGCUUUACACAGAUUUAUUGUUAUUUUGUUAUUUUUGAACAAGUAAAUGGGCAUUGCUGCUCAGCUGUUGCUGAUACACUGAGAGUAACUGCAGCCAAACAUCAUUUUAAUGAAGUCACAUUUGACAUAAAAAUACAUUUGUUGUAUAUUAUAUGCGAUAUUCAUUGUAAGCAUAUGCUUGUUACAUGCUAAUAUCACUGAGAAACGUUUUAGAUUUACUUCAUUGCAUCCGAUAAUUCGUUAUAUCCGUCUUCAUUCUAUCGAGGUUCGACGGUAGUGUGAAGAAGAGGCAUUUAGUCUGUUACAACUAGCUGUUGUAACUACAGUAAUGAGUAGCAGUGUAAUGGCAGCUUUACAGCUGGUGGCUACUAGCCUACGUAGCGCAUGUAGUUGGCUACGAGAUUUUUCUUUCUGCAUUCAUAUUUGAGAUGGCCUGCUUCAGGCACUUUGCCUUCCACCAUGGUAGUGUUAAUAGUAAAUUAUUUUCCUUGCUAACAUUUAUGAAGCGUUACUUCCUAAAACCAGCAUUUAUCAUCAUUUAAGCACUAUGCCCUAUGACAGACAACAUAUUAAAGUGUGACUGGCAUUCCACAUACUUCUCUAAUUUCAAGCAUGUUUUCUGUUCAGCCUGAAGUAAAUUCUCCAGUCAAACCGUACUGUACAUUUAGCUGUCGUUUACUUUUAUUUUGCAUUUAUGUAAAAUUUUAAUGGCUUAAAAUAAAUUUAUCCACAAUAAACAUUUUACCUUGCAUUACAGCAGAAUUUCAGUUAUAUUAUUGAUAUUAUGGAACAUCAGAAAAUAUUGAUACCAUCAAAUUUUGCAUGAUUAAGAAAGAAAGAAAUUAACUGAAUCUAACUGAAUCAGUUCACUGCACAAAGAACACAUAUAUUUUCAUAUUAUUUUCUCAAUCCAUUGUCAAAGAAGUUAUUGAAGCAGCUUGGAUUCAAAGAUGGAAAUGAAGGUUGCAAAAUGUAGAUCAGACAAACACGAGUGGCAUUUGCCCUGUUUACUCCCAAUUUCCUCUACAUGCUCUUUCAAAUACACAAAGGUAUCACCCGACUAGCCUGACAAAUUGUUCAUUCCUUCUGGUAUCUUGGCUGACAAUGUCAUCUUGCUGAUGAUGCUUUAAGAGGUUUAAUGUCUUGUGCAUGCUUAUGCAGUCAUGCUUUGCUUAGCUCAAAAUGCAAUGUGCAAAGCUUUAAGGUCGCAUAAACCGGUUUAUACAUGAGCACAACGAAUAAUCAUGUUUUUAAUUAAUUGGAAUGGAAUGCAAGAACAUUCGUGUACUAUUUUAUUUCGCUCGUAAACAUUAAUAUGGAGCACUUCUCUAUGACAUCCCUCACAUUCCCUGUGUUGUUUGGGAUAUUGAACUCUAUCAAUCAGUGAAUAAAUUAAAACUUGCCAAUAGGUGGAAAAGAAGUAUAUAAAGGCAAAGCAGACAUGCUGAGAUACCUGAAAUUUACUUGUCAUGUUGUGUAGUCACCAUAGAUGUCACUUGCGUUAGGGUGGGUAGGAGCGCAUUCACAUCAUCUUGAAAUGUGACCCUUUGUACACGCACGGUUUCGGUAGUAACCAGGGAAAAAAAAAAAAAUUACACAAGCCAUUGAGAUUCUAAUAGAGAUUACACUGCCACAAGAGCCGGGCUACAUUCUGUAAGCGUUUAUAGCAUUCUUUUCAGUACUCUUCUUACACCAACAUAGGUUGAUUAGAAGUUUUCUAUGUGUAACAAGCAGUGCAAUUUUUAGUAUUGGUGUCUCGGAGCAGCCUAGUGCUCUUCAACUUGCACUGCGUAAACAAUGCAUUCCAAUAUAGAGCGACAUACAUUGUGAAAAAGUAACUAAUUUCAAGCAUGGUCACGCAGCUAGCAUUUAUUGCACCAUUCACAGGAGACUGACCUAUGGCAAUUAAAACUGUAUGUCACUGGAACACUCAGCUCGCAACAGUCGGACUUCUAAAUCUCAGAGUUUGUUACUAGCCUUGGUGAAGUGCCAUUUGUGAAAGUUUUUCAGGACUCUAGUGCAUUGGGAUUGAGCUAUUUUAGCCAUGAACACUGACUUGUGAUUACAGGGUGUGCACCCUUGCACCUUUGCAUGUUUUUGGCUUGGCCAAAACAUUACAUUGCAGCCAUAGUUCACAAGCGUCUACUAUGAUAAUGUUGUAAUUAACAUUACAUAAAUUGUAUUUAUGAGCUUUUGCCACAGCAGAGUUAUAAAAUGAAUAUGAUAGCACAUUGUUGCAUUUGUUGACUUCAUGAAUUUCAGUAUUAAAGGGACAAUAGAGCAAGGACGGCUUGAGGAAGGUAUGAAUGAUAAUAAUUACAUGAUGAUUAUAUAACUACAGAUGAUUACAUUUCAGGGUUUUUGUAUUGGAGAGCAGGGCCCUGAUCACUGUGUUGCUCAGGUGUACAGGUUCUGAGGACAUCAGAAGGAAGUCGUAAGCAAAUGAAAAGGAUUCUCAGCAAAUUCACCUAAGUGUUGACAAAUAUCUAGCAGAAAUUAUUUGUAGUUCACGCAGACAAAUUGGGCGGCUUUCAGAAAAGAUAUUGCAGCAUCUUAAUGUUCUGGCUUUCCAAAUAUGAAACUAAAUGUUCCACUUACACACUGUUGCUUUUUACAGGCAUACGGUAUUGUGCCAUACUUUCUUCUCACACAAGUUGGUAGUGGCUACAAUGCAUCACUUCAGGAUAAAAAAUUAUCAUCUAAACACAUGAAAUACGACCAUUAAAACUUAUGCUUGCACAGAAUCGUAAUAUGCUUGAGUUCACACAAAGGCAGUGAGUAGCUAUAUAGAAUUUUACCUUGAGAACUCUCUGUCUCUGCAUUUUUAUGGUCGUGGAUGAAUUUUGCUUGAAUGAUCCGAGUUAUGUUUAAAUGUGUGUUUUGUAUUUAAGGUUUUUAAUUUUUUUUCCGUUUAGAGUUUUCAUGAUUGUUGAUGGUUCCUGACAUGUACUGCUUCUGUGCUAUGCAUGAUCUGGCACAUGUGCAGUCGCAACUGCAUAGACGUAUAUAGUCAGCAUGAGCAAAAUUAGUUGCACUUUCAGGUGAAGGAUGGGAGCUUGUGUCCGUCCUGUGAUAAGUAGCUAAGACUACCCUAAUUCAUGCUCGCCCAUAACUUGCACACAUAACGGUAAUGUACAGAUACUGAGGAACCAUAUGUAAGAGGAACUAAGUAUAAUACCAUGGUGGCCGAUAAUUUAGACUACAGCUCUGGUUGCUUUGAUAGUUUACUCAAUGUAUUGAGCACAAACACUGUUCCAGAUUGUUAGCCCAAAUAACUGCUCAUCACUUGAAGACUCUAUGCCACAGGCCCUUACUCCAUGUGUGCUGUUUGCUACAGAUAUUUGCCCUGUGUGUCUGCUAACAAAGAGCAUUGUACAUACUGUUCAUACAGCUUGUAUUAUUUUUUUUUGGUUUCUGUUUUUUAAAACAUUUCUUGUAAAGGAAUUGUUGAUAUCUUCAUAAGCAGUUAUUGCCAAAAGUACGCAAGUCACUCACAUGUGACCGGAGCACUUACUAUGUUGCGGUAAUUGUCGGAUUCCAGAGUAAACGUUUGUACGUUUUUAGGUCUUGAGGAGUUUCGCUACCUUGCAACAAUUCUGAGAAACCACACUAUUUCCUGUUUCUCCCAGAUGUAUGCAAUGGAGAUUGCAAAUGCACAGCUCCUCUGUGAGCACCCGCAGUCAUUCAGUCAGAAUAGGCAAGGCUUAGCGCAAUAAAGUAAUUAGUGGCCAUGCUGUUGCAUUGCUAUGUUUGUUGUCUAGGUUUCAAUCCCAGCCGCCUCUGCAGCAUUUUGAUGGGGGGCAAAUGCAUAAAGAACUCUUAGGUGCUUCGAUUUAGCUGCACAUUAAUGAGCCCCAGGUGGCCAAAUUAAUCGGAAUUGCCCACUACAGUGUGCCUCAUAAUCAGAUCAUGGUUUUAGGACAUACAGCCCUAGAAUUUGAGUACAAUAAGGUAAAUGUUAAAGCAGUGCUCAUAUGGUGUGGCCAAUGCACAUGCUUUGAUUUGAGCAGGGGGUUACUUCACAGCUCAGUGGGACGUAAAGCAAGUCUAAAGUAAAUUUCUACAUUUGGCUGACUUCAAUGUUUUUUCAAUCAUUUUGCAUAUGCUAGUUAAUCAGAGGUGUAUGUUGGUGCAAGGUAAAGUAGAAGGCAGCGUGUUUGCUGCUCUAAAUACAUGAAAAGAAGGAAGAGAGGGGCAUCCAUCAAUUAAUUAUUUGUUCAGUGCAAAAAAUUCCUGUGAAAUUGGGGGUGAAAGUCUCAUAGUGAGAUGCAUCAGAUAAAAUGCUGUUCCCAGGAGCCAUUUUACACAUUCUGAGAAUGGUUCCAGUUAUGUGCCUGUGUACUUUUGACAGUCACUGCAGUUUCUGUGUGUCUGUACACCAAGUAAUUUACUCAGGAUUGCCUAUCUUGCGAUCUCAAAUGUAAAGUGGACGGCAAGUUUACACUUGAAGCAUGGUUGUGAUGAUGACGAAGUGAGUAUGCAGUGUUAACCUAGUGUGCUGUGCUACCUUCAGCUGUUGUGUAUACUUUAUUUAUUACUCUUAGUCUAGGAAUUUUUGCAGUGUGCCGCUCAUGUGUUUGUAACAUCUGGCAUGUCGCCUAUUUCUUUGUUAAUCUUGUGGUUUGUGUGUGUGUCUGCAAGUUUUGUAACAACUUAGCACAGUCGUGUAGAUUUGGGGAGGGAAUUCAUUGAGUUUGAAGGAAUACGGCCAUAUAGUGAGGAGUCUCUUAAGGCUGAGCGACUCCUGUCUCAGUAUUUCUUUUGUUACGUUUUCAGGGUAUCAUUUAGUAUGUACGUCAUAUGUGAUCAUGUACAAUUGCUGCACUUGCUUUAAAGGGCCCCUCACCAGGUCUGGCCAUUUUGAGCUGACAAGUGCAGAGCAUACAUUGCGCGAUAACGAUCAUGUCUGCAAAGUAUUACAUCUCUACGCGCCACAAAAAGAGCUGAAAUUUCAAACUGAAUGCCAUUUUUCCUUCUCCUCGCGGCUGCCGUGUUCCAAGCUGGACGGUGAUGUAAUCGUGCCCCUGCGCCUACGUAGUCGUGUACACAGUCACGUGUCACUCGUGGUGACACGUGACUUCGAGAAUUAUUCAAGACAACAUCUGUUAUCUGUGCGAUCUGUUGCUUGAAUUGACAAAUUGAAGUUUAGAGAAAUAAUAAAACACACAAACGGAAUGUCUGUGUGUUUUUUGUUUUACUUUGCACCGAAGCAAGAGAGAGGUACUUCCGCUUCGUCUGCUUGUUCCCACGGUUGUCCGGUCACGUGCGCAGGUACUGAAACUAUGCCAUUUUCUACCGUGUUCCAGCGCGUGAUCAUGCUCUGAGAUCCGCUUGUUCUGCCUCAGUAUUCGUAUAGCACUGAAUUAUACCACUAGUCAUGUUUCCUUGUGCACAGUGCGCAAAAUUGUGCACUGCACGAACGAGACAACAGCUCGCGUGCAAUGCCGUCAGUGAAAGUGCGUAGCACCGAAGAAAAAAAAAAUAUAGUAAAGCGAGGAGAAAAAAAAUGAAGGCGGGACCUGUGACAUAUGCAUCGCGCAAUCCUCGAGGUCCGGUAUGGGAGAACGCAGGGAAGGAAUUUCGCUUGCGUAGGCUAGACGGGGUGAGUGGAGAGUGCGUCUUGCUUGGCAAUGAAGCCCGCCUGCUGAAAUCAUGGGUUCGCAGCACUGAAAUAUUUCUAUCUUGGCUAUUAAUGAGCCGAUCUGAAAUAUUUUUGUGGCAGCACGCUCCCUGAAGGACAAGUAACAACUUCCAGCAUAUAGCCAAAAUUUACUAUGGGGCCUGGUGAGGGGCCCUUUAACUGUGCACCCUGUGUAGUGUUCAUGUGUGGCGCUUAUUAUGCACUUGCCUAAGGAGGUACUGCUUCAAGGUCUAGUGUUAGCAUUGUGCAAAAAGCACGAAUCUUUUGAUCAGCCAUAUGUGUAUUUAUGAUAGUGGUUAAAUUUUGGUCACUUGGUAUCUGAAGCCAAAUAUCACUGGUCAUGGUUCUUGAAUGCUAACUCUGCUAGAAUUGUACACUUUGCUGCAAAUAAAGUGAAUGAUAAACAUG